AUGGAUUUCCGUGGGAAACUGAGCGAAUAUCGCUCGACAUCCCACGACACCCUACGGAGUGGCAUGCCCUCGCCGCGGGUAGCGCACUUCGACGGUGAAGUUCCUCCCGCCCUCUCCCCCCUCGAUGCCUUCGCCGCCCAGGGCCGCUUCCUGGCCCGACAGCUCGACGAGUCCCGCCGCGGAGACCGACGCAUGAGCCGGCUGCCACCAUCUAGCGUGGCUCGGUCGCUUUCACAAGGCCGCCCGGGCUUCUACCGCUCUAAUUCAUCUACCGAACGUCGCACCGACCUCGGCGAGCCAACCACUGAGCUCACCCGCAAACCCACGCAGAAAGGCCUCCCAGAAUUCGAAGAGCCCAAGUAUCGCCCUGUUUCCGAACACCCACGCUUCAGUUCGGUUUCCAAUGCUAGCACCGAUGCUAGCGUUUGGGAAGAUGACACUACGACGCCCCGGACAUCGAUGCUCCAGUCCAGCCCGCAGGUGUUUGGGAUGCCCCGUGCUGAAUCCCCCGAGGAGGAUGGGUCGCUUGCGAGCGGAGCGGAGGGUGCGUCUGUUGGUGUUGCAUUGACAGAACCACGAGGCUCAUCGACCGACUCCGGAUCGCGCCUGCACAUCCCCCGGACUUUGGCACCACCAGUGUCGCCGCACUCGCAAUCGACCAGCAGUACCAAAGUUGCACACCCCGAGAGCUCUGAUGACGACUACAGCAGCUCCAACGGCGGAUCGACGUUCUCUAAGCCUCGCAAGAUGUCAUCUGGAAGUGCGGUGUCAUUGCCGUAUUCCCCCGGGUCAACGUAUCCCACCAGACCACACCCGCGAUCACCAUCUAUGAGCUCGGAAACCUCGAAUACGGGGAACCACCAUCUGCCGCGCCCUUCUUUCAAUUUCUCCCGGCCUCUCAGUCGCUCCAGCACGAGCUUGUCUGCCCAGUCUGCCCCUGGGACUUCAACGGUUUCCGAGCACACCAUUGCCCACCAACCCAACCAGAUGCAGCGGCGCAGCAAGCCGACUCCCAUCCUCCUGCCAUUGGCGACUGAAGAAGCAGACAAAGCCCCUCCUGGUGAAGGCGACCCGCUUUCUGCUGUGUCAUCCUACACAUAUGCUAGUUAUUCGCUCCCCCGUGGCCGGGGAAUUUCCAGAGAUUCAGUGGUGUUUGCGGGCUUGCAAACACCCCAUUUCGAGUGGUCAGAGCCAUUGUUUGAGAAGACGCCUCCUCGGAACUCAGAGGAACCACCCCGGACGACACGGACACCUUCGCCUUCUCCGCGCCCUGAAUUCGACCACUCACCUAAGCCUCAUUCCAUGCACGAAGUUCCAGCCUCUACUACGCCUCAGCCUCAAACACCCAAGUCUGAACGAGUUCCACCACCCCCGCCUGUGCCUACUUCGGUAGAGAAGAAGACAGAGAAAAAGCUAGGGCCGGUGGUGCCACGGCCCUCUGCUGAAACGACCCGACCAACGACAAACGAGAAGGAUGAAACUGUAUCUUCUGCCGAUUCAGCUAGCACCAUGCGACCCCAGACUGCUACCACCCAGGUGACGGCAUCUGGCCUCACGGCUGAUGACCACGUAGCCAAGGGUAUCGAAUGCCACGAGAAGGGGUCAUUGAGUGAAUCGACCUAUCACCUGCGGGUUGCCGCGAAACAGAAUCACCCAACGGGAAUGCUGCUUUAUGCGCUGGCCUGUCGGCACGGCUGGGGCAUGCGGUCUAAUCAGCAGGAGGGUGUACGAUGGUUACGCAAAGCCGUGGAUUCUGUCGGUUUGGAAAUGCUCGCCAAUCCCGAUGCUCCUGGCGCUUCCAAGGCAAAGGAGCUGCAAAAGGCAUAUCGAGCGCAAUUUGCUCUGAGCAUUUACGAGCUGGGCGUCAGUCAUUUGAAUGGCUGGGGUAUUGAGCAGGACAAGUCUCUUGCCCUGCGCUGCUUCGAGAUUGCCGGUCAAUGGGGCGAUGUCGAUGCCAUGGCCGAAGCUGGAUUCUGCUAUGCGGAGGGUGUUGGCUGUAAGAAGGACAUGAAGAAGGCUGCGCGGUUUUACCGUCAGGCUGAGUCCAAGGGUAUGAGCAUGGUUGGAAACAGCUGGAUCUACAAAGACAAAUACAUGGCUGAGGCCGAAGCCAACCCACGCUCCCGCGGCCGAAAUGCUAGCGGCGAGAAGGAUAAGAAACCACGAAGCAAGUCGCGUACUCGCAGUAUCUUCCAGCGGAAGAAAUCUAUCGUCCCAGAGGCGUAG